CCAACCCAACUGUUACACACUUAAAAGACUUAGUUUUUUCCACACUCUCUCUCUCUCUCUCUCUCUCUCUCUCAUUUACCAGCCGAAAAUGGCCGCCACGCACACCUCCACCACAUCUUCUUCAACCCAUAAAGCCGAAGAUAUUAUUUCCUAAAAUCUCUGCUUGUGAUUUCGAAGCUAUUAUUGUUAUUCUGAUUCUCUUUUAGGCUUUUAUCGCUUUAGCCAAAAGACGCGUUAAUCGGAUCUUUAUCCUCGCUUUUGUGCGCACCCAAGGCCGAAACGUAGAGUUAGGGUUUUGUAUUCUGCUUUUGUUUUGUUUGCUUGGUUUUUCUGGGUGCGAUUUUGGGUUGUGUAGAGAAGCUUUGCUGUGAUGGACGAGAGUGUUGUUGACGAUCUUAUACGGAGGCUUGUCUCAGCGAAGAAUGGCCGGACCACCAAACAGGUGCAGCUCACGGAGGCCGAAAUAAGGCAGCUUUGCUCCGCUUCCAAGGAGAUCUUUCUCAGCCAGCCGAAUCUUCUUGAGCUUGAAGCUCCGAUAAAAAUUUGCGGAGAUGUUCAUGGUCAGUUUUCCGAUCUUUUGCGAUUGUUUGAGUAUGGUGGGUACCCACCUGAGGCCAAUUAUUUAUUCCUAGGGGACUAUGUCGAUCGUGGUAAGCAGAGCAUAGAGACAAUUUGCCUUCUCCUUUCCUAUAAGAUCAAAUACAAGGAGAACUUCUUUCUCCUCAGAGGCAACCAUGAAUGUGCUUCCAUCAACCGCAUAUAUGGGUUCUAUGAUGAGUGCAAGAGAAGAUUUAAUGUUCGCAUUUGGAAGACAUUUACUGACUGCUUCAACUGUCUUCCUGUUGCGGCUCUUAUUGAUGAAAAGAUCCUUUGCAUGCAUGGUGGUCUUUCUCCUGAUUUGAAAAACUUGGAUCAGAUUAGGAAUAUUGCCCGGCCGGUGGACGUGCCAGAUCAGGGCCUUCUCUGUGAUCUAUUAUGGGCUGAUCCUGAUAAAGAUGUUGAAGGUUGGGGAGAGAAUGAUCGUGGCGUGUCCUAUACUUUUGGUGCUGACAAGGUUGCUGAGUUCCUCCAGAAACAUGACCUUGAUCUCAUUUGCCGUGCUCAUCAGGUUGUGGAAGAUGGGUAUGAGUUUUUUGGAAAGCGGAAGCUGGUGACAAUAUUCUCAGCACCAAAUUACUGUGGGGAGUUCGAUAAUGCUGGUGCCAUGAUGAGUGUAGAUGAUACAUUGACAUGUUCCUUCCAGAUCUUGAAAGCAUCUGAGAAGAAAGGAAAGCUUGGAGUAGGCAACAACAUGUUAAGACCAGGAACUCCACCUCAUAAGGGUAAGGGCUGAUCGAUUGCAACUUCAGAGAACACAUACAUCUUCUGUAUCAUCUUGUGCUGCUUGGCUGCGUCUCUGUUGCAAGGUUGAUGAUUCACCUCGGCCUUCUUUUGUGUCGUACAGAAGUAUGAAGCUGCAAAGUUAUUUCUACAGCGUCAAAAGAGCCAUUAGUACCAGAAUUAGUUCGACUUUUAUUUUCUUCCCAAAAAAGGGAGAAAAGCUAAAUUUAACUGUAUAAUUGAAAUAUUCCGACUCCAUCACGUUGAAUUGUAGAAGUUUUUGUUUCAUGGCAGAACCUA